AUGCGUCUUCUUGCAUCUCUUGCGCCAUUGAUUGGCCUUGCUUAUUCUGCAUCCCGGACUACGGCACCAUCAGGGGCUUUGGUGGUGGGCAGUAGCGGCGACUACUCGACGAUCCAGGACGCUGUCGACGCUCUUUCAUCGUCUUCAUCUUCCGAGCAGAGCAUCUUCAUCGAAGCCGGCACGUACAAGGAGCAAGUCUAUGUGAAGAAAAUCAGUGGUCCGGUCACCAUCUAUGGAUACACCGAAGACACGACCUCCUACAGCGCCAACAAGGUCACGAUUACGUAUGGAUUGAGCCAGGAGGAUGUCGACAACAAUGAUGCCACGGCUACUCUUCGUGUCUGGACCAGCAACUUCAAGCUUUACAACGUGAAUGUUGUCAACUCGUAUGGAGAGGGAUCGCAGGCGCUGGCUCUGUCCGCGAAUGCUGCGAACCAAGGUUACUAUGCUUGCCAGUUCAAAGGAUACCAAGACACCAUCCUAGCCGAAAUCGGAGCCCAACUGUACGCUCAAUCAUACAUCGAGGGAGCCACCGAUUUCAUCUUCGGACAAGAAGGCCAGGCGUGGUUCGAGCAGGUCACGAUUGGUGUACUCGAAGCUAGUCUCGGAUAUAUCACCGCGUCUGGUAGAGACUCCUCCAGCAGCGACAGCUACUACGUGAUCAACAACUCCAAGGUUGCCGCUGCUCCUGGCAACUCCGUCGAAAGCGGUGCAUACUACCUGGGCCGUCCAUGGAGAGCGUACGCUCGCGUUGCUUUCCAGGCCACCUCCAUGACCGAUGUGAUCAACUCCGCUGGAUGGAAGAUCUGGAACACUGACGACCCCAGGACUGAUGGUGUUGAGUUCGGCGAGUUCGAGAACAAAGGAGCUGGCAGUGAGGGAACACGCGCAGACUUCGCCACGAAGCUGAGUGCAGCUGUGGCCAUUGGAGAUGUCCUCGGCAGCGACUACGCAGAUGCCAGCUGGGUGGAUGUCUCGUACCUGUAG